GUGCUCCGCGCCCUGAUUGGCCGCACAGGCCGCGCGCUGAUUGGCUGCGGCCAUGCCUCGCGGGACGGUGGCUAUGGAGGCGGCGGCGGUUGAUGGUUGACCGUUGGCACCGGGGUUGGGGUCGCUGCUCCGGCGAUCCGCUCAGACCCAGCCAGAGUGUGCGUGCGGCUGACGCUCGGCCUGGAGCCCGCGGGAGAGACCUAGCUCGGCUCCGCCAUGCCGGCCGGGAGUAACGAGCCGGACGGCGUCCUCCGCUAUCAGAGACCAGAUGAAGAAGCUGUGGUGGAUCAGGGUGGGACCAGUACGAUUCUCAACAUUCACUAUGAGAAAGAAGAAUUGGAAGGUCAUAGGACUCUGUACGUGGGGGUUCGGAUGCCACUGGGCCGGCAGAGCCAUCGGCACCACCGAACCCAUGGCCAGAAGCACCGGAGACGAGGCCGGGGCAAAGGAGCCAGCCAGGGAGAGGAAGGCCCUGAGGCCCUGGCCCAUGACACACCAUCUCAGCGUGUUCAGUUCAUUCUUGGCACUGAGGAAGAUGAAGAGCAUGUGCCUCACGAGCUGUUCACAGAGCUGGAUGAGAUCUGUAUGAAGGAGGGAGAAGAUGCCGAAUGGAAGGAGACAGCCAGGUGGCUGAAGUUUGAGGAAGAUGUUGAGGAUGGGGGAGAACGCUGGAGCAAGCCUUACGUGGCCACCCUCUCACUGCACAGUCUCUUUGAACUACGGAGCUGCCUUAUUAAUGGAACGGUCCUUCUGGAUAUGCGUGCAAAUAGCAUAGAAGAAAUUUCAGACCUGGUUCUGGACCAGCAAGAACUGUUCAGUGACCUGAAUGACAGCAUGAGGGUUAAAGUACGGGAAGCUCUUCUGAAAAAGCAUCAUCAUCAGAAUGAAAAGAAGAGAAAUAACCUCAUUCCCAUUGUUCGCUCCUUUGCCGAGGUUGGCAAGAAGCAAUCUGAUCCACAUUCGAUGGAUAAGAAUGGUCAAACUCUGUCUCCUCAGUCUGUUCCAACUACAAAUCUUGAAGUAAAAAAUGGAGUGAAUUGUGACCAUAGCCCUGUGGAUUUAAGCAAGGUGGACCUUCAUUUCAUGAAAAAAAUUCCCACUGGGGCAGAGGCCUCAAACGUCCUGGUCGGCGAGGUGGAUACCCUGGACCGCCCCAUCGUGGCCUUUGUGAGACUGUCUCCAGCUGUUCUUCUCUCAGGCCUGACAGAAGUGCCCAUCCCAACAAGGUUUUUGUUUAUCCUGUUGGGUCCAGUAGGGAAAGGUCAGCAGUACCAUGAGAUUGGCAGAUCCAUGGCCACCAUCAUGACAGAUGAGAUUUUUCAUGAUGUGGCAUAUAAGGCAAAAGAACGAGAUGAUCUCCUGGCAGGGAUUGACGAGUUCCUAGACCAGGUGACGGUGCUCCCUCCAGGGGAGUGGGACCCCUCCAUUAGAAUUGAGCCACCCAAAAACGUCCCUUCCCAGGAGAAAAGGAAAAUGCCUGGAGUUCCAAAUGGAAAUGUCUGCCACAUAGAACCAGAACCGCAUGGGGGCCACAGCGGGCCAGAGCUUCAACGCACCGGGCGGCUAUUUGGGGGCUUGGUGCUGGACAUCAAGCGGAAGGCCCCCUGGUACUGGAGCGACUACCGGGAUGCACUCAGCUUACAGUGUUUGGCCUCCUUUCUGUUCCUGUACUGUGCCUGCAUGUCACCUGUCAUCACCUUUGGGGGACUGCUUGGAGAAGCCACUGAGGGACGCAUAAGUGCAAUUGAAUCCUUGUUUGGAGCCUCCAUGACCGGGAUCGCCUAUUCCUUGUUUGCGGGGCAGGCUCUCACCAUUCUAGGAAGUACUGGGCCAGUGCUUGUGUUUGAAAAGAUUUUGUUCAAAUUCUGCAAAGACUACGCUCUUUCAUACCUUUCCUUGCGAGCUUGUAUUGGACUAUGGACCGCCUUCCUGUGUAUUGUCCUUGUAGCAACUGAUGCCAGUUCCCUUGUCUGCUAUAUUACCCGCUUUACUGAAGAAGCGUUUGCCUCCCUGAUUUGCAUCAUUUUCAUCUAUGAAGCAAUAGAAAAGUUGAUUCACCUGGCAGAGACCUAUCCCAUCCACAUGCACAGCCAGCUGGACCACCUGAGCCUGUAUUACUGCAAGUGUACUAUCCCAGAGAAUCCAAACAAUCACACACUCCAGUACUGGAAGGACAACAACAUCGUGGCAGCAGACGUCCACUGGGCUAACCUGACUGUUACGGAAUGCCAGAAGAUGCAUGGAGAGUUCAUAGGAUCUGCGUGUGGCCAUCAUGGACCCUACACUCCUGAUGUGUUCUUUUGGUCCUGCAUUCUCUUCUUCACCACCUUCAUCCUCUCGAGCACCUUAAAGACAUUUAAGACAAGCCGAUAUUUCCCAACCAGAGUACGCUCCAUGGUGAGUGACUUUGCUGUUUUCCUCACAAUCUUCACAAUGGUGAUUAUUGAUUUUUUGAUUGGCGUCCCAUCACCAAAGCUUCAAGUUCCCAGUGUUUUUAAGCCAACAAGGGAUGAUAGAGGGUGGAUUAUUAGUCCUAUUGGUCCCAAUCCCUGGUGGACUGUGAUAGCUGCAAUUAUCCCGGCUCUUCUCUGCACUAUCCUAAUAUUCAUGGACCAGCAAAUCACAGCUGUCAUCAUUAACAGGAAGGAGCACAAGCUCAAGGUAACAAGAAGCUCUGACCUAGAAGGACUAAUGGCAGCCUGUUACUUUUUUUUUAAAUUUUACGGUAAACCCAUUUAUUCCACAAACUAUAGAACCUGGAUAAAAAGCCUCCAUGGAAGGAGCUCAUUAGGAGUUUUCAGGGGUUUCCAACCUUUAGAGUGGAGCACAAUGGUAUGAUGCAAAAGGAGUUAGGACUCCAUUCCUCUUCUCUCAACCUGUGGGGAAAGUAAUCAUGCAGAGUUCCUGGUGGUCCAUCUGCUGUGGGUCAGGCUCAUUUUCCUGAGGUUCAGGUAAGAGCUUGGGCCACUGCUUCCUCGAGGCAGUUAUUCUCCCAUGGUAUCCAUUACUGGGGCUUCCAGACUGAACACAGUUAGGUUUGGUUCCAGUGCAUGUAUUAGUGAGAGACUUCAUGCCUUCAUUUCUGUUCUUUCCUUAUGUAGAGUAGGCAACAUGCAAAUUUGGCAAGGAUUUGGGAGUGUGUUUUAGGAACCCAAUAAGGACAUUUAUCUUCAACUCCUGUAGUGUCUACCAUCUAGAAUGGUCAAGAUGUGACUUUUUCUCUGGUUACUCUGCCAAGAAAGGAUGAAUCUUUAAAUGUGUGAGACUCAGAGUGAGAUCUGAGGGCCCUUUGGAUAAAGAUGGAUAUUGACCUGUUUUGGGCAGGCUGAGGUUUCCC